UUGGCAUCUGUAGUUCACAAGAGGAAGAAGAAAACGAGAAUAAAAACAGCAUCCUUAGUUCAUUCUUUUCUUCACUAGAGGGUUUAGUUGACUGAAUAGGAAUCCCCACAGUUCAGUCCAUUUUUUUCUUCCGUAGAGGACUAUGGAGAAGAACUGCUCGGGCUUUAGCACAGUGACACAAAGAGGAAGAUUAAUCUAUGUGGAGGCACGUCUCCAGGGCGGAGCGCCCUGGGGCUUCACGCUCAAAGGUGGCCUUGAACACGGCGAAGCAUUAAUCAUAUCCAAGGUGGAAGAGGGCGGGAAGGCGGGCCUGCUGCAGCACCCCCUGCAGCCUGGAGACCAGGUGGUCAAUAUCAACGAGGUGGAGCUGAGCGGGUUCCGGCAGGAGGCCAUCUCCCUGGUCAAGGGCUCCUACAAGACCCUCCGCCUCACGGUCUGCAGAGAGAGCUGCCCGGACCCGUGCCUCAGAGAGCCGCCCACCCCGCCCUCCCUCACCCCUCCUUUCAGCCCCGCCCGCCCCCGGAAGAACCGAGGAUGCCCGGGCGGAGUUAACCUGCGCAUCAGGAACAGCUGGUCUGUGGCCUAUAAGGACUCCACCUUGCUUGCUUUCAUGAAAGAGGAUGCCUAA